GAUAAAGCGAUUGAGGUGGCGGCUAGAAAGAAGUUUUGGCGAGUAGGAGGGAGGGGGUCAAUGAGCCAAAAUGACCGACACAGAAGUGCAAGGCGCUCCUCUGUCAGCCUCGGAGACCGAGCCAGCUCAACCUGAGCGGAAAAUUAUUGCUACUUUAGUUCAAGGAACUGUUAAAUGGUUCAACGUGCGAAAUGGCUAUGGCUUCAUCAACAGAAAUGACACCAAAGAGGAUGUAUUUGUCCAUCAGACUGCCAUUAAGAAAAACAACCCUAGAAAAUUCCUCAGGAGUGUGGGGGAUGGGGAGGUUGUAGAGUUUGAUGUGGUUGAAGCAACCAAGGGCUCAGAAGCUGCCAAUGUGACUGGGCCAGGUGGAGUUCCGGUUAAAGGCAGUCGCUAUGCACCCAACAAGCGCAGAUUCCGCAGACGCUUCCCUCGUGCUGCACGGCCUGGACAGACUAAUGAAAAACCUGGAGAUGCUGUCCCUUCUUCUGAGGGAGAGGGACAGGAUGGAACUCCACAACCUGGGCCACGUCGUCGCCGCCAACGCAGGAGAACAAACGCACAGGAAGCAGAGGGAGAGGGUGGUGAGCAGAAGACUGAGGAUGUGGAAGGUGUCCAGCAGAGACCACCACCACGCAGGUUUAGACCUCGUUUCCGCAGGCCAUUCCGUCCUCGUCCACCUCCUGGUGAGAGUCAGCAGACGACUACACCUGCAGAGGGCCAAAAAGAAACUCCAAAAGAGGCUCAGAGCAAUGGAGAGCAGACCGAUGGGCAGGCUCAGAAACCACGCCGACAGUUCAGCCGCCGCAGACAGAGAAAUUCAGACUCCACAACCUCCAAAGAUGGUGCGGACAAAUCGGGGAAAACUGAGCCUGCCUCCCCUCCUCAGUCCUCAAAGCCAGCUGACUUAAAAGCUUCCCCAAAAGCCUCUCCAAAACAAUCACAGAAAGCUUCCCAAAAAGUUGAGGCUCCUGAAGCCAAGCCUGUGGAAUGACCUGUGACCAGGAAGAGUAUGGGUGACCCUGGCAAGAGGUCCUCAGGUGGGUGAGCUGGGGGGUUGGACCUUGUCUGUCUCAUCAAACACAACCUUUCCUUCUCCCAUACAUCUUACCUGAACUGUAGUUUGGACCCUUCGCUUGUGUGACAGGGAGGGAAGAGGGGUGAUACAUUUUGGACUUAAAUAUCUAUAGGGGGAUAAAAAAAAAACACUUGUAAUGAUUGCUCAGAAAGCCCAGUAUAUUUACAUUGUCUCCAUUUAAUUCAGUGAUCUGGGUUGUAAGCAGUUAAAAUAAAACCAGUUUGACCCUUUAAGUUUGGAAAUGAAAAGUGAGGGGUGGUGUGUAUAGAGUAUACCUCUACAUCCCUUUACCAAUGAUGCCUUAUGGGGGAAAUGCUAAAGGCCUAUUCAAAAUAUACAAACUGGUUGUGCUUUGUUGUUUUUGGGUUUUUCUUUCAAUUCUUUUGUUUUCUUUGGAAGGGAUUAUGUGCAAUGUAAUUAAAGUAAAUGUAUAUAAAAUACUUGCAAGACUA